AACCACCACUUCCUUCCCAACCCUCAACGGUGUUCCAACAACCAACCAGUCGGGAUUCCCCCGUUGGCUUCAGCUCUGGCAAUGCAGUCCAUGCCAUUGUUUCUGAGGCAAUCUCUCAGAUCCAGCAUUAGUAUCGCACGAACAUCGUCCCAUCCCGGCCGAGCGCAGUUCCCGCUAUCCGCGGCGGUCCCGAAAGCUCAUAUUUACCACCGAGAACAAACGCAGAGCUUCUCGAUCUGUCGACAAUGCCAAUUCCGGUUACAUCCUACGCUGUUGCAUGAGGUGGACAAAGACAGACCGAAAGACGGGAGUGUCGGGAACGUGAAAAUUUCGGAGUCAGGCCCGGAUCCUUCUUUGACAACGUCUGUGUCUGAGGGAGGCCCACGGCCACAGGAAUUGGAUAUAUAUUCGCAGCAAAGCCUUCAUACUUCUGAUGAGGGCGGGGUUGAGGGUGUUCAAAAGCCAGAUACGGAUACAAAUGUACGGAGUCAGCGGAUUUCUCGCUCCUCGGCGGAAGUUGGGAAGGACGGUGCCAAAAAAAACGAUUGGAGUGAUUUCAGCAUAGGGAAUGGGCGUUUACCGUCCUACCUAGAGAGUCGUAGGUCGCAGUUUGCGAAGAAGUUCAGUUCGAUGAUGGAUGAUCUUCAAUCGAAUAUUUUUGUCGCGGGCCAGCACCUGAAUGAUCUUACCGGGUAUUCUUCCAUUGAGGCCCUGAAGAAACAAAUCCAUGAGCAAGAGCAGCGAGCCCGCGAUAGCAGGCAACGGGUUCGCGAGGCCAAAGAGGCCUAUACGGACGCCAUAAACCGGCGAUCUGCCUCCCAACGCGAAGUCAACGAGCUACUUCAACGCAAACAUAACUGGUCAGCGACUGAUCUGGAACGAUUCACUAGUCUCUAUCGCAACGACCACGCGAACGAAGUGGCCGAGGCCGAAGCACAAGAGGCUCUAACUAGAGCAGAACAGGAAGCAGAAGAGGCAGCUGCACAAUUGAGCAAAGCCAUCCUCUCCCGUUACCACGAGGAGCAGGUCUGGUCAGACAAGAUCCGCCGCAUGAGUACCUGGGGAACCUGGGGCCUCAUGGGCGUGAACGUUCUCCUCUUCCUCAUCUUCCAAGUGGCAGUAGAGCCAUGGCGGCGACGCCGACUCGUGACCGGCUUCGAGGAGAAAGUCAUCGAAGCCAUAGAAAGAGAAAAGGCCAUGCACCAAAUCCCAGAAUCUCCUAAGAAGAUCACCCCCGACGAAGCAGACACCGUGGUCGAGGAAGUCCCGAUCAUCACUGAAGAUGACGAACCAAUCAUCUCAAACGUGAUAGUCGAUGAUACGGAACUCUUCGAGAAAAAGCAGCAACCCCGAUUACCCACCCCAACGACCAGCGAUAACAGAAUAUACAAUUUCCUCGAAACCUGUAAGUCCCGACUCUCUGAAUUCCGCCACCCCUCCGCCGUCGAAACUUCAAUAGACUACCUGCAAGACUGCUUCAGCGACCAUACUAUCGUCAUCUCGAAACGUGACAUAACCAACGUUGCCAUGCAAAGCGCCGUGCUCGGCGCAACAGUCACCGGUUUAUUGAUCGUAUUUAUGCGUUCUUGGUGAUUUUUUUUCUUGUCCCAAUAGUUCAACAGGUGCAUAUCUCUUUUCCUUUCUUUUUUUAGACCUUCAUCGGCGUCAUCUGCAUCUGCAUUAUCUUCCAUUUUGGAAAGGCCCUAUAGAUAUCAUUUAUUUACCAUUUGUCCCGAAUGCAUCUACUAUGAUGUACAGUUUCAAGUGAUAAAAAGUUCAUAAAUAUUUGCUAUGUCAGGGACAGAUCUAGCAUGGAUUGUGGUUAACAGGAUGCCCAUUGGGUAUUUCCUAGGCUAAAAUAUCGAAUGCUCUUGAUAAAAAUAUUUAAGAUGGUC